GGAUGUGGGAGAGGGGAAGAGCGAGGGGGGCCCCGGCGUGGACCGGGGUGGGGGCCGGGGCUGCCAGCCUGGCCCUGGCCUGUCAAGCGGCUCAUUGUUCCUGCCCCGGGUGUCACUGGGCGCCGCCGGGGACAAUGUGGCACUGAGCGGGGUGGCCGGCGGCGGAGGGACGAGGCGCACGGAAAGGCUCAGCUCGCCCUCCCGCCAUGGCAUCGCCGGACGGAGCCAGCGGCGUGGGCAGCAGCCCCGAGGAGACGGAGCUCAGCAUCACCCUGACCCUCCGCAUGCUUAUGCACGGCAAGGAGAUUGGCAGCAUCAUCGGCAAGAAAGGAGAGACUGUUAAGAGGAUACGAGAGCAGAGCAGCGCACGCAUCACCAUCUCAGAGGGGUCCUGCCCCGAGCGCAUCACCACCAUCACCGGCUCCACUGACGCCGUCUUCCGCGCCGUCUCCAUGAUCGCCUUCAAGUUGGAGGAGGACCUGGGAGCGGGGAGCGAUGGGGCAACAGUAGGCAGAGCACCGGUGACGCUGCGCCUCGUCAUCCCGGCCAGCCAGUGCGGCUCACUCAUCGGCAAGGCGGGAGCCAAGAUCCGGGAGAUCCGGGAGAGCACGGGGGCGCAGGUGCAGGUGGCCGGCGACCUGCUGCCCAACUCCACCGAACGAGCUGUCACUGUCUCGGGGGUGCCGGACACCAUCAUCCAGUGCGUGAGGCAGAUCUGCGCUGUCAUCCUGGAGUCGCCUCCGAAGGGGGCCACCAUCCCCUACCACCCUGGCCUCUCCCUGGGCACCAUCCUGCUCUCUGCCAACCAGGGCUUCUCCAUGCAGGGUCAGUACAGCGGGGUCUCUCCCGCAGAGGUGACGAAACUGCAGCAGCUGUCAGGGCACACGCUCCCCUUCGCCUCCCUGGGCCAUGCGCCCUCCAUGGUGCCAGGCCUGGACACCAGUUCCCAGAGCAGCUCCCAGGAGUUCCUGGUGCCCAAUGAUCUCAUCGGCUGCAUCAUCGGUCGGCAUGGCAGCAAGAUCAGCGAGAUCCGGCAGAUGUCGGGUGCCCACAUCAAAAUCGGGAACCAGACCGAGGGCUCUAGCGAGCGGCACGUGACCAUCACGGGGUCCCCUGUCAGCAUCACCCUGGCUCAGUACCUCAUCACAGCCUGCUUAGAGACAGCCAAAUCUACCUCCCAGGCGCCGCCGGGCCCUGGCUCCAUGGACCUCGGCGUGGGCUUCUCCCAGCCCCUCACCCCAGGCUCUGGUGCGGCGCUGCCUGCCGUCGCCCCGGCCCCCCCGGCCCUGCUGGGCACCCCCUACACCAUCUCCCUCUCCAACUUCAUCGGUCUGAAGCCGGUGUCCUUCCUGGCCCUGUCCCCGUCCUCUGUGGCGGGUCCCAACGGCGGCACCGCCACCUACACGACCAAGAUCUCGGCGGCCAACGGCACCAAGAAAGCUGACCGGCAGAAGUUCUCACCCUACUGAGCCCCGCUGGCGGCUGGGCGAGGGUGUCUGGAGUGCCACCCGG